AUGGAUAACCGAAUAUGUGGAAGGUUUGAUUUAUUGAGAAAAUAUUUACCCGAUGACUUAAACUCUACAAGUAAAGAUAUUAAUAGAUUAGGGGAUGCUAAAAAUUAUUGCUCUAAUGGAAAAUCAGAAGAAGCAGAAUGUAAGACUGAGGUCGAUAAAAUAAAUGCUGGAUUUAUAUGGUUGUUCGAGCAAAAUAUUAUUAAUAGGAUUACUGGUUUUAGUGAUUCUAAAGAUCCUAGUGGUAAAAAGCAUAAAGUGUUUAUUAUAUACAUUAUGUUAUGGUUAAAUUUUAAAUUGAAUCAAAAGAAGCAUGCAGAAAUCACAGAAUUUAAUGAUUUUUAUAAUAAAUAUAUAGAAGAUAAUACGAAUUAUACUAAAUGUAAAAAAAAAAUUAAUAAUGAUAAUUAUGGGGAUUGUAGUAGUUCAUUAAAAAAGAACACGGGAUAUACGAAUUUUAAGGAGUUCAUAGAUGAAAACAAAUGUUUGAUGGAUAUUGGUAUUAAUGAUGUGUCUAAUUUUUAUGAUGCCUUUAAAUCAUUAUGCAACAUGUAUACUGAACUUAAUGCAAACGAAAAAACAUCUAAGAAAUAUUUAGAUUGUGCUAAAGAAUUUGUUGAAAAAUAUAAAAAACUGCUUAAUAAUAAUGAUAUUGAUACUGAAGAUAGUCCAUAUUAUCAAGUAUUUUCUACAUUAUCAAAUGAUUAUAACAAUUUUAAAAGUUAUUGUAAUAAACAUAAGGUUAAUUGUGACGAUAUUCCACCCCUUCCAGAGAAAAAAACAACACAAAAUCCUGUACAAAGUUUUCAAUCGAAUUCUGAACCGAGUUCUGAAGUUAUAUCACCAAGUUCGUCGAUAACAAACAAAUUAAUUAUAGUUUUAUCGAUAUUUGGUGCAAUAGCAUUUUUUUUAGGAAUUUCUUAUAAGUAUUCAUUAUUUGGAUUUCGGAAGCGAUCUCAAAAACAACAUUUAAGAGAAAAGAUAAAAAAAUAA